AGUGACCGUUCUUGGUGGCAGGACUUCCACUGUCAAGAAUGUUACCGCGCCGCUCUGUGUAACAGUGCACCUUGGACCGCGAACUCGGUCGAAGCUACGUUCCAGCGAGUCUCCGCGAGUUUCCGUUUGUUACGCAUCGGCGGUGCACGUUGAUCUUAUGUGACAAGGAACAUCGAAACCGUUCGACGACGGUUCGCAAACGUUUACAUGGUGCUGUAUCUAAGUCUUAUUCUCGCCUUUGGUACCCUGCACUGCGCCAAUGGCCAGGGCCUCGAAGUCGCCUUUCAGUGGAAAUACUUGGACUGGACCUGGCCGAACAUUCCCUUAACUGGAAAAAACUUCACGUUGGGCAAUGCGUUCACCCAGGACGUAGACAUUGAUCGGACUGGCCGCAUAUUUGUGACCAGUCCACAAUGGUUGGAUGGUGUGCCAAUCACAUUGUCUUUGGUGUCGACUGUGGAAGGACCUGGUGGCCCAUUGCUGAUACCAUAUCCGGACUGGUCCUGGUUCACGCCGGACAACUGCAACAGCUUGAUAUCAGUUUAUAGGUUGGCGAUAGACGAAUGCAAUCGCCUGUGGGUCGUGGAUACGGGCCGUAUAAGCGGCAAGGCUGUUUGCCAGACGAAAAUCCUAAUCUUCGAUCUUGCGACCGAUCAGCUGAUCCAUAAAUACGUUGUACCGGAUGACCAAGUAUUGUACGGGAAGGCGGCAUUAGUUACACCGAUCGUCGAUGUCGGAAAAACGUGUCUCGAUACUUAUCUGUACGUGGCGGACGUGGAUCAAAAUGGUCUACUGAUUUAUGACUUGUAUCGCGGCCACUCGUGGCGGGUAAACAAUACUCACGGCAACGCUUUCGGGCCGGACGACGAUGCCAUGAACAUCACGAUCGCCGGCGAAUUUUUCGACUUAACUGAUGGCACUCUUGGAAUGUCACUGUCACCGUAUGGAUUCUACAAUGAAAGGUACCUGUACUUCAACUCUUUGGCUAGCUAUCUGCAAAAGUUCACGGACACUACUUCGUUAAAGUCAAGUAAAUACAACGAGCCGAUAGUGUACGAAUCGAAUUAUAAAAGAGCGAGCCAGGCAGGUGUCCAAGCAACGUCUCGGAGGGGCGUAAUAUUUUUCCAAUUAGCUCAGCUAACAGCGAUCGCUUGUUGGAACAUCGAGAAGCCGUUCGCGCCAGAAAAUGUAGUGAUACUCGCUCAGGACGAGGAAAAGUUGCAGUACGUCAGCGGUAUCAAAGUAAUUGUGAACGACCGUGGCGAGGAGGAACUGUGGUUCAACACGAACAGAUUGCAAAAAACCAUAAACAUGACACUGAAACCCAGUGAAACGAAUUUCCGUUUAAUCAGAGGCAAGGUAGACGACAUUAUUAGAGGCACGAAUUGCGAGCCAACAGGUAGAAGAAGUUUCAGCCCGGAUACCACAUUCUGGCACAGGAUUUGAGUCAGAUACUCUAAUCAAAUACUCCUCGACAGUUCCUUCACACAAACACGCGCAUACGCGCACACACACAUACACCUUCGGAAAAUACAGGAAUUCCUAAACGCUCAGAGUCAAACGUCAUUUAGUAUGAAAAGAUUUUAUUGAUUCAACGUAACGAACCAUUUAAUUAUAAAUAGUAAACCAAAAUAAGUUAUACCUCUCCGUCUGCACGCUAAUGUAAUAAACUGUUUAUAAUUCUUUUUACAUGUCUUGCGAUAAAUACACUCUGCGAGACAGUCGUCGUAAAUAUUACCUGAUUUUAGUUUAUUUGAAAGGUUCCCUUUAUACUAAAACUCUUGCCGUACCCUGACGAGUCUGUUCUUUUUAGACGGAACAAGAUUCUGUUCUCCUGUCAUCAUUAUUUGUCACAGGAUAAUUAUAAACAUCCUUUUCAUUGUAUGAGAUCGUUACAAUCAAAAAUGCAAGGGUUUAGUCUAAUACAAUUGGUACAAGAAA